UCCCCCCAAACGUAGCGCACGUUAGAAAAUUCGCCCUGCGUAUUUAUAGACGUUCUUACAUAUGCACGUGAUCGCCGUGAGAAGCCCUACAGAAUGACGUCGGUUUUGACCACGUGGUUUGCAAGAUAACGAAUUUAGAUUAGCGAGUGUUGAUUGGCUGUCUAACAGCUGUGGCUGCAUUGCGAUUGGUUGAUGGCACAUUAUUGCCAUGGAUACCGUAUUCUCUUAGUCCCCUCACUGCCAUCAUCAUGGACGCCAUGCGUUGGAGUAAAAGAAAGAAACAACUAGAAAGGGUUGAAGCUAUGAAUGAGAAAAGGCUGAAGCUUAGACCAUCUGAAGAGGAGGGGGCCCCUUCGGAACCAGCAUGUACGGCAGAGGCAGACGCUGAAACACUAGACGGGGACAGCGAUUCGGUGCAGUCUUUUAGCGAUGAUGAUGUUUGGAGUUGUCUGGAUGAAUGGGUAAGAGCUUUGGGAAUCGUAGAUCUAAAGAUGCUGUCGUUGUUGCUUUUCGAGUUUCACCGUAGGGAGACAUCGCAGACCGUCAAAAGGGCCGCAGAUGUUGUGUCGCAGAUAGUACACAAAAAUGAGGGCACCAUCAGAGAUUGGCGGAACAACUUUAGACAUGUUAAAAUAAUGUUUCAGUCGCGUCUUGUAUUAUGUAAACUAGAUCACGUGACCAAUUGUAUAUUUUUAUUAUCAUGCCUAUCUUUGAGUGUCAUUCACACUGCAUCUAGAGAAAAAUUAAAAAAUGUGCUUCUGUGGAUAUUUAACCCUGUUUGUCUAAUAGCGUUUGGUACACUUCUGAAUUCGAAUAGCGCGUGCAUGAAAAACGAUAGGGCGCGAAGUGAGACCCUUAGUGGGGCCCCUCUUGCGGUUAAACUCAGAAUUAAUAAACAAUCUCGAAAAUCCAUUUCUGCAGUUUUGUUGCACAUCAUGGUGACAAUCUUUCAUCGAGUUCUCAAUCAUCUACGGCAAUAUUCCUAUUUUUCGUAGGACAAUACGGGAACUUGAGGAGGCGUCUCCAUUAUUCUCGCCGUGAGAGAACGAAACUCUUUCGUUUAUCAAAUUAAGCUGGCUCGUUGUAGCAAAUAAACUUGUACACCACUGGACCAAAUUUGAAA